AUGGUGGACAGCCUCAUAACGAGCUCCGUUGGCAAAAGCAGUCGAUACGGGCCUUUUGUUACAGUUUCCUCUCGUGUUCAACGCCUCGAACCAUCAAGGAAGCCGUUAGCCGGAGUCAGAAUAACAGUCAAGGACAUGUUCAAUGUCAAGGGGCUCACCACAUCACUGGGAAGCCGUGAAUAUUUAGCCCUUAGCAAACCAGCCACGGAGACAGCACCAGCUAUUCAGAAGCUUAUAGAUCAAGGCGCCGAGAAUGUCGGUCUUUCGAAGAUGUGUUCAAUGGUUCUACUGCAGCACCCGCCCCACUGUGUCGAUUUUGCGGCACCGUUCAACCCUCGUGGACAUGGUUACCAAUCCCCAUCAGGAGGAAACAGUGGACAGGCGGCGGCCAUAGCAGCAUACGAGUGGCUGGAUAUUGCAGUGGGAACAGACUGUAAGGCGCUAAUAAGUGCCUACCUUGUCUUCCCUGCUUCAACCACGCAGUUCGACGUUAGGCUAGUGAUGACCAGGUGA